UGGAACAUCUUCUCUGCGGUGUCGUCCUGUCCAGGCUCUGAAGCCCCGGGGAUCUCGGAGGAGCGGGAGCUGUCCACGGAGACCAUCGGUUCGCCGGUCAUCUUCAACCCGCACACGGCGCUGUCCAUCGAGAGACAGAGACAGAAACUUCCCGUCUUCAAGCACAGAAACAACAUCUUGUAUUUGGUGGAGAGCUAUCAGACUGUCAUUAUAGUUGGGGAAACAGGAUGUGGAAAGACGACACAGAUACCUCAGUACCUGUUGGAGGCUGGCUGGGCAGCAGAGGGGAAGGUGAUUGGAAUCACGCAGCCGAGACGUGUGGCUGCUAUCUCUGUAGCUAACCGUGUUGCAGAGGAGCGUGGCGCUCUGGUGGGACAUGAGGUGGGUUAUACGAUUCGAUUUGAUGACCGCUCUGACCCCCAAGCCACAAGGGUCAAGUUUGUUACAGAUGGCAUGUUAGUGCGAGAGAUGAUGGCUGAUCCUCUUUUGAAAAAAUACAGUGUGUUGAUGCUUGAUGAAGCACAUGAGAGAACCCUCUAUACUGACAUAGCCAUUGGUUUGCUUAAAAAGAUUCAGAAGAAACGGCGAGACCUGAGACUGAUUGUGGCCUCGGCCACUCUGGAUGCCAAGAAAUUCUAUGAGUUCUUCAACCUCAACGAGUCUGGGGAUCCUAGCAAGGACACCUGUGGAAUUCUUACAGUAGAAGGACGCACCUUUCCAGUGGACAUCUUCUACACAGUCAGUCCAGUUCCUGAUUAUGUGAAGGCCACAGUAGAGACUGUGCUAAAGAUCCAUGAGACAGAAGAAGAUGGGGAUGUACUAGCUUUUCUCACUGGGCAGGAAGAGGUAGAAAAGGUGGUGUCUCUUCUGCAGGAGCAGGCAAGAUCCCUUUCACGAUAUGGCAUGAAGAAGCAUCUUAGAGUUUUACCCAUGUACUCUGGCCUACCUUAUGCAGAUCAGAUGAAAGUUUUUGACAGGGCACCCUCUACUGUUCGUAAGGUGGUGGUGGCAACGAAUAUUGCUGAGACUUCUAUCACUAUAAAUGGAAUUGUGUUUGUCAUUGACUGCGCCUUCGUGAAGUUGCGAGCAUAUAAUCCUCACACUGCCAUUGAAUCACUGGUGGUGACGCCCAUCUCCAAGGAUUCAGCCAGCCAGAGGGCAGGAAGAGCCGGGCGAAACCGACCUGGGAAGUGCUUCCGACUGUACACAGAGGAGGACUUUGAGAAGCUGCCUGCCUCCACUGUGCCAGAGAUGCAGCGCACCAAUUUGGCUCCUGUCAUCUUGCAGCUCAAAGCGUUAGGCAUCGACAACGUGCUGCGGUUCAGCUUUCUGUCUCCGCCUCCAGCUCAGACCAUGGUUCAGGCUUUGGAGCUGCUUUAUGCUCUAGGAGGUUUGGACCAUUACGGCCGGUUGACUGAUCCCAUGGGUGUGCGGAUGGCAGAGUUUCCUCUCAGCCCAAUGUUUGCCAAGAUGCUGUUGGAGUCAGGAAACUUUGGCUGCUCCAAAGAGAUCGUUACCAUAGCAGCUAUGAUGCAGAUUCAGAAUAUCUUUGUUGCACCACCCAAUCAGAAGAAAGCUGCUGCCCGUGAGCACAGGAAAUUUGCAGUUGCCGAGGGCGACCAUCUCACCAUGCUGAAUGUAUAUGAAGCAUUUAUCAAGCAUCAGAAGAGCUCCCAGUGGUGUCAGGAACAUUUCCUCAAUUACAAAGGUCUGUUGCGUGCUGUGACUGUACGAGAGCAACUUCGGCGUCUCAUGACCAAGUUUAAGGUGCCGCGCACGUCCAGUGAAGGUGACCCCGAUGUGAUCUUGAAGUGCAUUGUUUCUGGGUUUUUUGCUAAUGCAGCCCGAAUUCAUCAUUCUGGCUCCUACAGGACUUUAAGAGAUGAUCGGGAACUUCACAUCCACCCCAACUCUGUGCUGUAUGGGGAAAAACCUCCAAAAUGGGUCGUCUUCAAUGAAGUUGUGCAGACGACAAAGUACUACAUGCGUGACGUGACUGCGGUGGAGUCGUCGUGGUUGGUCGAGUUGGCGCCUCACUUUUACAAACAGGUGAAGCAUGGCUCACUUGCCAGCAAGAGAUCACGAGUGCUGUAAAUCCUGCCAGCUUUCACAGCGAUGACACUCAUUAAACAAAAAGCAGACAACCCUUCUCACAUCGCCAUUCUCUCCCUUUGCAUUUUACUGUAAAUAAUGCUGUAAUAUAUAUUUAUCACCUAGUCGCUAUGUUGCCAUGCCAGAAUGUGAUUUACAGGAGUGUGGCAUUUUUACUGGUAAUAUUAAUGUCAUUCACUUCAUUUGAAAGUGUCUGUCAUGCUUUUUGGCUGUAAUGUAAUAUAAAUGCUCAGUGUUUAAUCCAAGACCUUAUGUGUUUAGAGGUUAUGUGGGAGUAAAAAGUGAUGGAUGUGAGCGGAUAAGCUGACCUGCGUCCAUUCGAGCAUGGUCACAAAGUGGCCUUUUAUAAACUGUACAUAGAGCAGGCUCAGAUCAGGGAACAGCUUUUGUGCUACAGGCCCGUCCAUACCUGCCUCUUAAAAUUUAUAUGUAUGUAUUAUUUUCUUCUUUUAGAAGAGAAGUAAUUGAAGAUAGUGAAAUGUGAGGAUGUUUCACUUUGAGAUAUGCUCUUCCCAUUACCUCGUGUCUUUAUUGUGAACUUUAGUUGACCUACAUUUUUUCAUUUAUAUAAAAUUUUUAUAUAUGUUCAAUGCAGAUCUAUCAUUUAAUAUGAUACUGUGAAAAUCCCGCUUUGUGUUAUUUAUUUAUGUUUACUCUGUUCCUAUUUAAUUGCAGUCUAGCUGAGUUAUUAGUGGCCUUUUCACCACUCUGUGCCAGAUUCUAUUUUAUCAGCCUAUUUCACAUUUCAUUUUCAGAUGGAAUGUGCAAAUACACCGAGCGUUGUAAACACAAAGCUGUGAAAUCCAAACUAAAAGUGCCGUUUGUUCCUGUAAAGACAAAGUGCAUUCAAGUACGGACCCA